AUGGCCUCCGAAUUGACAUUCCGCGGCCACGAGUCCCAUCCCGAGUCCGACUCGUACUCGCCCAAACCCGCCAAGCCGUGGCUCGGCGUGACCCGCCCGAUCCGCUACCUCCUCCGCGAGCAGCGCCUCAUCUUCCUCCUCGCCGGCAUUUCCAUCGCCGCCCUCUUCUUCUCCUCCGCCCGGUCCCCUCCCACCCCCAUCCCGCGCUACCCGCUCGACACGCCCGAGUUGACCCGGUCCCAACCCCACCGAUCCGCGUACCAAACCGCCCACCUCUCGACCGGGUUCGGGAUCGGCUCGGUCGGUAAGAUCCCGCUGGGUCUUAAGCGCAAGGGGCUGCGGAUCGUGGUUACCGGCGGCGCCGGUUUCGUCGGAAGCCACCUGGUUGACCGGUUGAUGGCCAGAGGCGACAGCGUGAUUGUGGUGGACAAUUUUUUCACGGGGAGGAAGGAAAACGUGGCGCACCACUUCGGAAAUCCGAGGUUUGAGCUGAUCCGACACGACGUCGUUGAGCCGCUGCUGCUCGAAGUCGACCAGAUCUACCACCUCGCUUGCCCUGCCUCGCCGGUUCAUUACAAACACAAUCCCACAAAUGUUGUGGGGACAUUGAACAUGCUUGGGCUGGCCAAGAGAGUUGGUGCGCGGUUUUUGCUAACGAGCACCAGCGAAGUUUACGGCGAUCCCUUACAGCACCCGCAGGUCGAGACUUAUUGGGGCAACGUUAAUCCGAUCGGUGUCAGAAGCUGCUACGAUGAGGGGAAGAGAACGGCUGAGACGUUGACCAUGGACUAUCAUCGAGGUGCUAAUGUUGAGGUUAGGAUUGCUAGGAUUUUCAACACGUACGGUCCUCGUAUGUGCAUUGAUGAUGGUCGUGUUGUAAGCAAUUUUGUUGCUCAGGCUUUGAGGAAGGAACCGUUAACUGUCUAUGGUGAUGGGAAGCAGACAAGAAGUUUUCAGUUUGUUUCUGACUUGGUUGAGGGACUCAUCCGGUUAAUGGAAGGAGAGCACAUUGGGCCUUUCAAUCUUGGAAAUCCCGGUGAAUUUACCAUGCUUGAACUUGCGCAGGUUGUUCAAGAGACCAUUGAUCCAAAUGCGAAGAUCGAGUUCAGGCCCAACACAGAAGACGACCCACACAAGAGGAAGCCCGAUAUCUCAAAGGCCAAAGAUCUAUUGGGCUGGGAGCCCAAGGUGCCACUACGAAAAGGUCUCCCAAUGAUGGUCUCGGACUUUAGCAAACGUAUCUUUGGCGACCACAAAGAUGUUUCGGACUCCAGCAAUCACAAAAAAGAAACAGCCUAACGAACAAAAAACUACAAAGAGCUGCACUAGCAUAUAUAAACCCACUUUAGUCUUUUGAGAAGGAAUUUCUUUUAACGGAAGACCGGUUUUCUAAUGCUUGAUCUACUUUUGCAGAACCUUUGGGGUACAAUAGGAUAGAAUCAAAUAUAAAAGCCUUGCGCGCUUUAGCUAGUUCGUAGAGGUUAUAUCGUGUGGGUACUAUAAUAAUCGUCUUUCUGUUUUUUUUUUCGUUUUUUUUCCCUACUUUUUUUUUUUUUCUUUUCUUACUGUCCCUCAGAUCUUAUGUCGGUACAUUGUUUGUUUUCAAGUCUUUUGUAGACUGUCUGCAGAUGAUAAAUAUUUUUCAUGUUAUGUAGAGUAGUUAUGGUUGAGAGUUUUAUAUUGAUGAUGAUUCAUAAACACUACUGAGAGAUUAUAAAGAGCUUCCAUUCAGUGAAAUCAAAAUUUUAGAAAUUUUAGUGGUGUUAUGGAAUGGGUAUAUGAUGCCAACUAGUCAUCUGAUUGGUGAACUGUGAAAUAAUUUUGUAUAAUAUUUCAAUCAAUUUAAC